AUGGGAUCGACCACUCUCUUAUUGAUCGACAUCGACAGCGGUGUCCUCCACAUGCUUCUCAAUCCAGCCAAAGCCAGCGAGCUAUCCGCCUACAUGGAGACCAUCAAACCCACGGUCUCAGCAGCCCGCAAGAAUAACAUCAAAAUCAUCCACAUCAUCUCCGCCUCGCGACCUGAGCUCCUCGACCCUGUGCUACUGGCCAAAGCCAAGUCAAAUGGCGAGUUCCCAUACAGUGCCCUGAUGCACGCAACCAUCAAGCCCGCGUUGGGCGAGCUCGUCAUCGCGAAAACCCAUGCAUCAGCUUUUUUGGGCACCUUUCUCGACGCUACAUUGCGGGGAACAGACACGGAUCGUGUCUUCAUUGCUGGCUCGGAGACGAGCGGAGCCAUCCUGUCUACGAUCUGCCAUGCGAGGGAUAUCGGCUUGCAGGUGACUGUUCUUUCAGAUUUGCUUUUGGAUCAGGACGAGGAGGUGCAUUGGUUGUUGAUUGAAAGGGUGUUUGGGAAGAUGGGGACUAUUCUUACGGCAAAAGGGUGGGCUGAUCAGUUGAAUGCUGAGGUCCAGGAAGUGGGAGAUCAAAGAUGUUCUAUGUCUGGGGGGGGGUGA